GGGACCUAAGUUAGUAAUUCCUGAUCCCAGAGGCCCAAUGUGCAGUGAGGUGGUUUCCUGAACUCGAGCUUGAGCACUUGAGCAUCGCCUAUACACCUUACAAUGGCCUCACCAUUUACACGCAACGACAUAGAAAUAGCAACCAGAGCGGCAGACCAUUUUACCCGGUUAUACUAUACCACCUACGACUCUAUAACGCGAGUCAAUGACCUACCCAAGUUUUAUAGGCCUACCUCAUCAUUGACGUGGAAUGGGACGCCAUUCCAAGGUGUGGAUGGCAUAGAGAAGCUUAUACAAGGCAUGCCGAGCACGAAGCAUGAAGUGCAGUCAUUCGAUUGUCACCCCAUACCCGGCAGCCAACCACCUUCCCUUCUGCUGACAAUAUCAGGGAACGUUACCCAUGGACGUGGUCCUGCUGGCAAUCCCACCGCGAUUCUCAACAAAUCUCUCGACGGACAACCACGAGUUUUCUCUCAAACUUUCAUGCUUGUACCGGACCCCACAACACCCCCCACCAAAGUGGGGGAGGUUGCUAAAUACUUUGUCAACGCGGACGCGAUGAGAUUUGUCGGGUAAAUUAUUUACUUUGCCGGGAAAUUUGUUAAUUCGAGAUGGAGCAUGUAAUUAAGCACAUAGCGAACGGCGAUACGUACUCCAGUAUUUAAAACUCUGGCAUUCCUAAGCACAACACAGAAGUCUUGGACUUCAUACGAUACAAAAUAGAUGUUCAGCGAAUUUGAAUCUUAACCAAAUGUUUGAUUCUACAGGACAAGUCACAUUGAAUGUACAGUUGAAGGAAUGGAAAUAACAUACCGAGCGUGCACUGCGCUUAACCUUUGAUAACCGCUA